AUGACUGCUGCUGUCUGGUUCAGUAUGACUGCUGCUGACUGGUUCAGUAUGACUGCUGCUGACUGGUUCAGUAUGACUGCUGCUGACUGGUUCAGUAUGACUGCUGCUGACUGGUUCAGUAUGACUGCUGCUGACUGGUUCAGUAUGACUGCUGCUGACUGGUUCAGUAUGACUGCUGCUGUCUGGUUCAGUAUGACUGCUGCUGACUGGUUCAGUAUGACUGCUGCUGACUGGUUCAGUAUGACUGCUGCUGACUGGUUCAGUAUGACUGCUGCUGACUGGUUCAGUAUGACUGCUGCUGUCUGGUUCAGUAUGACUGCUGCUGUCUGGUUCAGUAUGACUGCUGCUGUCUGGUUCAGUAUGACUGCUGCUGUCUGGUUCAGUAUGACUGCUGCUGACUGGUUCAGUAUGACUUGCUGCUGACCGGUUGUCAGUAUGACUGCUGUUGACCUGGUUUCCAGUAUGACUGCUGCUGACUGGUUUCAGUAUGACCUGGCUGUUACUGGUUCAGGUAUGACGGCUGCUUGUUUUGACGUUCAGUAAGGACUGCUGCUGUCUGGUUUCAGUAUGACUGCUGGCUGACUGGUUUCAGUAUGACUGCUUGCUGUCUGGGUUCAGUAUGACUGCUGCUGUCUGGUUCAGUAAUGAACUGCUGUUGAACGGGUUCAGUAUGUGACUGCUGCUGUCUGGUUCAGUAUGACUGGCUGCUGACUGGUUCAGGAUUGACUGCUGCUGGUUGACUGGUUUCAGUAUGAAUGCUGUUGACUGGUUCAGUAUGACUGCUGCUGUCUGGUUCAGUAUGACUUGCUGUUGACUGGUUCAAUGACUGCUGCUGACUGGUUCAGUAUGACUGCUGCUUCUGGUUCCAGUAAUGACUGCUGCGGACUGGUUCAGUAAAUGAAUGCUGCUGACUGGUUCAUAUGACUGCUGGUUCAGUAUGACUGCUGCUGUCUGGUUCAGUAUGACUGCUGCUGUCUGGUUCAGUAUGACUGCUGCUGCUGGUUCAGUAUGACUGCUGCUGACUGGUUCAGUAUGACUGCUGCUGACUGGUUCAGUAUGACUGCUGCUGUCUGGUUCAGUAUGACUGCUGCUGACUGGUUCAGUAUGACUGCUGCUGACUGGUUCAGUAUGACUGCUGCUGACUGGUUCAGUAUGACUGCUGCUGACUGGUUCAGUAUGACUGCUGCUGACUGGUUCAGUAUGACUGCUGCUGUCUGGUUCAGUAUGACUGCUGCUGACUGGUUCAGUAUGACUGCUGCUGACUGGUUCAGUAUGACUGCUGCUGACUGGUUCAGUAUGACUGCUGCUGUCUGGUUCAGUAUGACUGCUGCUGACUGGUUCAGUAUGACUGCUGCUGACUGGUUCAGUAUGACUGCUGCUGACUGUUCAGUAUGACUGCUGCUGACUGGUUCAGUAUGACUGCUGCUGACUGGAGCCUGACUGGUUCAGUAUGACUGCUGCUGACUGGUUCAGUAUGACUGCUGCUGACUGGUUCAGUAUGACUGCUGCUGACUGGUUCAGUAUGACUGCUGCUGACUGGUUCAGUAUGACUGCUGCUGUCUGGGAUUUUGUUCCACUCGUCUUUGCAGAUCUUCUCCAAGUCAUUAAGGUUUCGAGGCUGACGUUUGGCAACUCGAAUCUUCAGCUCCCUCCACAGAUUUUCUAUGGGAUUAAGUUCUGGAGACUGGCUAGGCCACUCCAGGACCUUAAUGUGCUUCUUCUUGAGCCACUCCUUUGUUGCCUUGGCCGUGUGUUUUGGGUCAUUGUCAUGCUGGAAUACCCAUCCACGACCCAUUUUCAAUGCCCUGGCUGAGGGAAGGAGGUUCUCAUCCAAGAUUUGACGGUAUAUGGCCCCGUCCAUCGUCCCUUUGAUGCGGUGAAGUUGUCCUGUCCCCUUAGCAGAAAAACACCCCCAAAGCAUAAUGUUUUCACCUCCAUGUUUGACGGUGAGGAUGGUGUUCUUGGGGUCAUAGGCAGCAUUCCUCCUCCUCCAAACACGGCGAGUUGAGUUGAUGCCAAAGAGCUCGAUUUUGGUCUCAUCUGACCACAACACUUUCACCCAGUUCUCCUCUGAAUCAUUCAGAUGUUAAUUGGCAAACUUCAGACGGGCCUAUAUAUGUGCUUUCAUGAGCAGGGGGACCUUGCGGGCACUGCAGGAUUUCAGUCCUUCAUGGCGUAGUGUGUUACCAAUUGUUUUCUUGAGGUGAGAUCUUGCAUGGAGCCCCAGGCCGAGGGAGAUUGACAGUUCUUUUGUGUUUCUUCCAUUUGCGAAUAAUCACACCAACUGUUGUCACCUUCUCACCAAGCUGCUUUGCGAUGGUCUUGUAGCCCAUUCCAGCCUUGUGUAGGUCUACAAUCUUGUCCCUGACAUCGUUGGAGAGCUCUUUGGUCUUGGCCAUCGUGGAGAGUUUGGAAUCUGAUUGAUUGAUUGAUUGCUUCUGUGGACAGGUGUCUUUUAUACAGGUAACAAACUGAGAUUAGGAGCACUCCCUUUAAGAGUGUGCUCCUAAUCUCAGCUCGUUACCUGUAUAAAAGACACCUGGGAGCCAGAAAUCUUUCUGAUUGAGAGGGGGUCAAAUACUUAUUUCCCUCAUUAAAAUGCAAAUCAAUUUAUAACAUUUUUGACAUGCGUUUUUCUGGAUUUUUUUGUUGUUAUUCUGUCUCUCACUGUUCAAAUAAACCUACCAUUAAAAUUAUAGACUGAUAAUUUCUUUGUCAGUGGGAAAACGUACAAAAUCAGCAGGGGAUCAAAUACUUUUUUCCCUCACUGGUAUGUCUCUGGAAUAUGCAAUCAUCUUCAGAAAUAGUCUAUGGCUGCGUUCCAAAUGACACCCUAUUUCUCAUAUAGUGUACUACUUUUGACCAGAGCCCUGUGCACUAUGUAGGGAAUAGGGUGCCAUUAGGGAAGCACUCUACAGGGCCAUCUCAUGAUGUUUUAGGAAUAUUUAACCUGCAGUUUAUUUUCUUAUAAAAGUGUCUCCUCUCUCUUCUCCCCCUCCCAUCUCCAUCCCCCUCCCCUCUACUUCUCCCCCUCCCCUCUCCAUCUCCCCCUCCCCUCCCCAUCCCCCUCCCCUCCACCUCUCCCCCUCCCCUCUACUUCUCCCCCUCCCCUCUCCAUCUCCCCCUCCCCUCUCCAUCCCCUCUCCAUCCCCCUCCCCUCUCCAUUCCCCUCCCCUCUACCUCUACCUCUCCCCUCUACCUCUCCCCCUCCCCUCUCCAUCCCCCUCCCCUCUACCUCUCCCCCUCCCCUCUACCUCUCCCCCUCCCCUCUACCUCUCCCCCUCCCCUCUCCAUCCCCCUCCCCUCUACCUCUCCCCCUCCCCUAUCCAUCCCCCUCCCCUCUCCAUCCCCCUCCCCUCUACCUCUUUUUUCUCUCUCUCCACCAGGUGUACAUCCCCUGCAGGACAGCUCUGAUCCGUUAUUAGAGCACUACGACUGACGCUCGCUACCAGCAGAAACAGACGGGCGUCAGAUUCAGAUGCCAGCCCAGCUAGUGCCAACCUCACUGUUAUCAGCCAAUCACUGUCCGUUUUUUCAGUGUCAACCAACCACACGCCAACUAAUGCAUCCUCCCUCCCUCCCUCCCUCCCUCCCUCCCUCCCUCCCUCCCUCCCCUCCCUCCCUCCCUCCCUCCCUCCCUCUCUCUCUCUCUCCCUCUCCCCCCUCCCUCCCUCCCUCCCUCUCUCUCUCCCUCUCUCCCCUCCCUCCCUCUCUCUCCUCCCCUCUCUCCCCUCCCUCCCUCCCUCCCUCUCCUCUCUCUCUCCCUCUCCCCCCCUCCCUCCCCUCUCUGCCCCCUCCCUCCCCCCCCUCCCUCCCUGUCUGCCCCCUCCCCUCCCUGCCACCCUCUCUCCCCCCCUCCCUCCCCCUUCUCCAUUUACCUUUUGUGGGUUCCUACAUUUUUCAUACACCUUUAACAAUAGUUAGUAGCUAACCAUCGAUGAUCAUAGAUGACCGUAUUAACAUCAGCUGUAACGCAGCAUGGUGUAGAAGGAAGUUUCCCACUAUAACCAAGUCGGCCUUGCUGAAUAGGGCGUUAUAUGUUACACUAAUAUGAUAUAACACAGGAUUAGGGUUGCAGAAUUCCGGUAAUAUUCCCAAAAUUCCCAGGUCGGAAGAUUUCAGGAAUCAGAGAAGAAUAAGCAGGAAAUCCGGAAUCCUCCAACCAGGAAUUCUGGAAAACCUGGACAUUUUGGGAAAGUUCCUGUAAUUCUGCCACUUACACAGUAUGUAUCAUUGAUAUUUUGAGUCCAUCCACCCACCGCUAGUUUACCAAGCCUUGGUAUGAAAACUGCAACACUUGAAAAGGAACUGUGGUAUGGUAAUGCUAAUAUGCUAACAUAAAGCAUUACUUGUGGUACAGUAAUGCUAACAUGCUAACAUAACGCAUUACUUGUGGUACAGUAAUGCUAACAUAAAGCAUUACUUGUGGUACAGUAAUGCUAACAUAAAGCAUUACUUGUGGUACAGUAAUGCUAAUGCAGUUAGCAAUAGUACUACCUUUUCCACUGAUUCCAGGAUGCACAGGCUUGUAAAGAGAUGAUUUGAAAUAUAUAUAGUUUUUUGGAUUUGUGUGCAAUUUAUAUACAAAUAUAGCACGCACAAUUUAAUGCUUAUGAUUUUGUAUUUAAAUGCCAACAAUGUUUUGAAAGUGUUUGUCUAUUUAAAAGGAACAGGACAGAAAAAGAGAUGGGUUACCAGCGCUGCAUUAGAACCAUGUCCUCUGUGUCCCAAAUGGCACCCUAUUCCCUAUGUAGUGCACUACUUUUGACCAGGGGCCCAUAGGGAAUAGGGUCAAAAGUAGUGCACUAUAUAUAAAGGAAUAGGGUGCCAUUUGGGAAACAAACCCAGGAGAUCACUGUGGACGUCAUCGUGUUUUGCUUCAUCAUUGUGGAUCUAUUGAUGCUUUUGUUGAAAUUGUAUUUACAUCGAAAUAAGCUAUCUUUAAUAAUAUAUAAUUUUGUUGACUUAACCUGGCUUUAGUGGGUUUGUAAUACUUCUGUGGUGUGACGGGUCUUUUAUCAAAGCAGCUAGGGAUCAUGCAUUUUACCUGUUUAUAUAUACUUGUUUGUGUCAGUCAUUUGCAGCUAAAGCCACGUAAUAAGAGCACUGAAUACAGGCAGCCGAUAGCCUGUCUGGUGUGAUGUGUUUGAGUUCAGGCAGCCGAUAGCCUGUCUGGUGUGAUGUGUUUGAGUUAUGCAGGCUUCUGGAAUGGACACGCCAAUCGACAUACAACCAUUAUUAGAGAGGUAGAGUGGCAAAGAAGACUAAGUAACAGUACUGGAUCCUGCUAAAAGACAGGAAACGGGCCGUCCGUAUUCUUAAACCAUUGUCCGUUCUGCACAGCUUACUUCCCCUCUUGUCUAUCCCUUAUACUGUAUUUAGUUGCUUUUACCCCUGACAGAAAUGGAGCUUUGAUUUCAGUGAUAUAUAUAUAUAUAUAUACAGUGGAGAGAACAAGUAUUUGAUACACUGCCGAUUUUGCAGGUUUUCCUACUUACAAAGCAUGUAGAGGUCUGUAAUUUUGAUCAUAGGUACACUUCAACUGUGAGAGACGGAAUCUAAAACAAAAAUCCAGAAAAUCACAUUGUAUGAUUUUUAAGUAAUUAAUUUGCAUUUUAUUGCAUGACAUAAGUAUUUGAUACAUCAGAAAAGCAGAACUUAAUAUUUGGUACAGAAACCUUUGUUUGCAAUUACAGAGAUCAUACGUUUCCUGUAGGUCUUGACCAGGUUUGCACACACUGCAGCAGGGAUUUUGGCCCACUCCUCCAUACAGACCUUCUCCAGAUCCUUCAGGUUUCGGGGCUGUCGCUGGACAAUACGGACUUUCAGCUCCCUCUAAAGAUGUUCUAUUGGGUUCAAGUCUGGAGACUGGCUAGGCCACUCCAGGACCUUGAGAUGCUUCUUACGGAGCCACUCCUUACUUGCCCUGGCUGUGUGUUUUGGGUCGUUGUCAUGCUGGAAGACCAAUCCACGACCCAUCUUCAAUGCUCUUACUGAGGGAAGGAGGUUGUUGGCCAAGAUCUCACGAUACAUGACCCCAUCCAUCCUCCCCUCAAUACGGUGCAGUCGUCCUGUCCCCUUUGCAGAAAAGCAUCCCCAAAGAAUGAUGUUUCCACCUCCAUGCUUCACGGUUGGGAUGGUGUUCUUGGGGUUGUACUCAUCCUUCUUCUUCCUCCAAAAACGGCGAGUGGAGUUUAGACCAAAAAGCUCUAUUUUUGUCUCAUCAGACCACAUGACCUUCUCCCAUUCCUCCUCUGGAUCAUCCAGAUGGUCAUUGGCAAACUUCAGACGGGCCUGGACAUGCGCUGGCUUGAGCAGGGGGACCUUGCGUGCGCUGCAGGAUUUUAAUCCAUGACGGCGUAGUGUGUUACUAAUGGUUUUCUUUGAGACUGUGGUCCCAGCUCUCUUCAGGUCAUUGACCAGGUCCUGCCAUGUAGUUCUGGGCUGAUCCCUCACCUUCCUCAUGAUCAUUGAUGCCCCACGAGGUGAGAUCUUGCAUGGAGCCCCAGACCGAGGGUGAUUGACCGUCAUCUUGAACUUCUUCCAUUUUCUAAUAAUUGCGCCAACAGUUGUUGCCUUCUCACCAAGCUGCUUGCCUAUUGUCCUGUAGCCCAUCCCAGCCUUGUGCAGGUCUACAAUUUUAUCCCUGAUGUCCUUACACAGCUCUCUGGUCUUGGCCAUUGUGGAGAGGUUGGAGUCUGUUUGAUUGAGUGUGUGGACAGGUGUCUUUUAUACAGGUAACGAGUUCAAACAGGUGCAGUUAAUACAGGUAAUGAGUGGAGAACAGGAGGGCUUCUUAAAGAAAAACUAAUAGGUCUGUGAGAGCCGGAAUUCAUACUGGUUGGUAGGUGAUCAAAUACUUAUGUCAUGCAAUACAAUUCAAAUUAAUUACUUAAAAAUCAGACAAUGUGAUUUUCUGGAUUUUUGUUUUAGAUUCUGUCUCUCACAGUUGAGGUGUACCUAUGAUAAAUAUUACAGACCUCUACAUGCUUUGUAAGUAGGACAACCUGCAAAAUCGGCAGUGUAUCAAAUACUUGUUCUCCCCACUGUAUGUGUAUAUAUAUAUAUAUAUAUAUAUAUAUAUAUAUAUAUAUAUAUAUAUAUAUAUAUAUAUAUAUAUAUAUAUAUAUUGUUUAACGUUAUCUGCAAAGGUCCAUACUGUCAGCAAUUCUAAGGCUAAAAGACUAUUCUAUUUAGGAAAAGACUAAGAUUGUUCAUGCUCACUGAGUACCUGUAUGUUACCUCCCAAAUGGCACCCUAUUCCUUGUAGUGCACUACUUUUCACCAGCCCCCCCCCCCUUUUGGGGCCCUGAUCAAAAGUAGUGCACCAAACGGGGACUAGGGUGUUGCUUUGGGAUUCUGACUGUGUGGGUGGGGUUAAGGUCAUGUAGCAUCAAACAUGAAGGAUCAAUGAGUAGUAUUUACCAGAGGAUAACUGAAAAGUAUUAGUUAGAUGUAGUGGUUAUUACAUGAAGACUGUUGCCUACUGUAAACCAAAUGACACCCUAUUCCCUUUAUAGUGCACUACUUUUUGACCCGGUUCCAUAGAGCCCUGGUCAAAAGUAGUGCACUAUAAAGGGAAUAGUGUGUCAGUUGGGACUCAGCCUGCGUCACUAGUCUGCCUUCACGAGGAUCUCUGCUGUGGUUUUGUGGUUGUGUCCUAACCUCGUCCCCCAUAGCAUUGUCAGGUGAACAAGAUUAUGUUGUAUCCCAAUGCAAUAAUUGUUGAAAAGAGUCAUUAAACUGUAUUAAACCAAUGGUGUUUGCUUAUUGUCUUGUCUGUUGGUCCUCUCUUUAUAAUGUAUCUUUUUUUUUAUUCACUUGGGUGGAUUAUAUGUCUUUAUCCAAAAUGGCAGCAUAUUCCCUAAAGUUCACUUGUUCUGGCCAGAACCCUAUGGAGCCUGGUCCACUUGUUCUGGCCAGAACCCUAUGGAGCCUGGUCCACUUGUUCUGGCCAGAACCCUAUGGAGCCUGGUCCACUUGUUCUGGCCAGAACCCUAUGGAGCCUGGUCCACUUGUUCUGGCCAGAACCCUAUGGAGCCUGGUCCACUUGUUCUGGCCAGAACCCUAUGGAGCCUGGUCCACUUGUUCUGGCCAGAACCCUAUGGAGCCUGGUCCACUUGUUCUGGCCAGAACCCUAUGGAGCCUGGUCCACUUGUUCUGGCCAGAACCCUAUGGAGCCUGGUCCACUUGUUCUGGCCAGAACCCUAUGGAGCCUGGUCCACUUGUUCUGGCCAGAACCCUAUGGAGCCUGGUCCAAAGUACUACCAUUUGGGAUGAGGCCUAUGUGUGCCAUUUAAAACGCCAUUGGAUCAGUCAACCAUUUUAUAUUUGACAUUUUAAUACUAAUUUUUCCUCAACUGUUUUUCCUAUAUUACUAUUUUUCUGCCAGUUUUUGAGUGACAUUCUGCCUUGGUGACUUUUUAAAGAUCACUUAAGCAAAAUAAUUCACACCACUAUUCCCAUUCCUCUCACGUCCUGUAUCAAAGCAAUAUUAUAGUCAAUGUGAAACACCACAGACCCAUUUUGUGUAUUCCAGACGAAAGCUAAUAUCUUGAUUUACGGAUGCUGUAAUUCUGAGAUUUAAACCCAUUGCAUUGCUGCAGGUUCUGAACACAGGCAGCUAUGUAUACCAGUGUAGCAUAUGGCAGGUUUUGAUCCAUCUCCCCAUACAGCGGAAGAGAAAGAAAAUACAUUGAUAUUCCAGGAACAUCGUCCUAAUAUUUAACCACCACAAGUAUCUUCAACACUUCGUUUCCCUUUUAUAUAACACCAAAGCUUUCAGAAAAAGGGCUUUUUCACCUCUCCAAAAAGCACAGAGGAGCACUUUGCAUAAAUAUGGGCAGUAUGAAAGAGGCCGGUUGUGGAGACUGAAGUGGCACGGUGUUUUUAAUCACGGACGGAUCUCAUCUGAGCCGAUGAGUUCGUCUGAAAUUGCACCCCAGGGGCCUGGUCAAAACGAGUGCACUGUGUAGGGAAUAGGGAUGCCAUUAGAGACACAGCCCAUGUCAUUAUCGUUACCACGGUGACUCAUUGAUUUAAAACUGAAAGAAGUCUGAUGCAUUAAAUUAUAGGCUGCUCUGUCUUUCGAUCCUGAAUCCAACACACUUCUUCUGUAUGAUCAACCCCAGUAGAAAUAGUAUUUAAACAGAUGUGAAUAGCCUGGAUGAAUCAGACACUCAGUGACCCCCAGAUUCACUCACUGCCUCAUCCAGCCCCCACAGCUAUAGAGAGUGAGGGGGAGAGAGAGAAAUACUGUGUAUUUGUGCAGGCAGUACGACUGCUGGAGAUGUUUAUAAAGUCUCUGUGGCCACGUCCUAAAUGGCACCCUAUUCCUUAGUGCAAUAUAUAGGGAAUAGGGCGCCAUUGGGGACACAGAUAGUAUGUCAGUACCUGGAGCCUCUCUACACAAAGAGAUGUUGGAUUACUGUGUUUGAGGAUCCUCUAUACAAACAAACAGUAGAGCUGCUUCCCUCUACACUGUGUCUGGUGGAGCUGCUUCCCUCUACACUCUGUCUGAUGGAGCUGUUUCCCUCUACACUCUAUCUGAUGGAGCUGCUUCCCUGUACACUCUAUCUGAUGGAGCUGCUUCCCUCUACACUGUGUCUGAUGGAGCUGCUUCCCUCUACACUCUGUCUGAUGGAGCUGCUUCCCUCUACACUGUGUCUGAUGGAGCUGCUUCCCUCUACACUCUGUCUGAUGGAGCUGCUUCCCUCUACACUCUGUCUGAUGGAGCUGCUUCCCUCUACACUCUAUCUGAUGGAGCUGCUUCCCUCUACACUCUGUCUGAUGGAGCUGCUUCCCUGUACACUCUGUCUGAUGGAGCUGCUUCCCUCUACAGUCUAUCUGAUGGAGCUGCUUCCCUGUACACUCUGUCUGAUGGAGCUGCUUCCCUCUACACUCUGUCUGAUGGAGCUGCUUCCCUCUACACUCUAUCUGAUGGAGCUGCUUCCCUCUACACUCUGUCUGAUGGAGCUGCUUCCCUGUACACUCUGUCUGAUGGAGCUGCUUCCCUCUACACUCUAUCUGAUGGAGCUGCUUCCCUCUACACUCUGUCUGAUGGAGCUGCUUCCCUGUACACUCUGUCUGAUGGAGCUGCUUCCCUCUACAGUCUAUCUGAUGGAGCUGCUUCCCUCUACACUCUGUCUGAUGGAGCUGCUUCCCUGUACACUCUGUCUGAUGGAGCUGCUUCCCUCUACACUCUGUCUGAUGGAGCUGCUUCCCUGUACACUCUGUCUGAUGGAGCUGCUUCCCUCUACACUCUGUCUGAUGGAGCUGCUUCCCUCUACACUCUGUCUGAUGGAGCUGCUUCCCUCUACACUAUCUGAUGGAGCUGUUUCCCUCUACACUCUAUCUGAUGGAGCUGCUUCCCUCUACACUCUGUCUGAUGGAGCUGCUUCCCUCUACACUGUCUGGUGGAGCUGCUUCCCUCUACACUCUAUCUGAUGGAGCUGCUUCCCUCUACACUGUCUAAUGGAGCUGCUUCCCUCUACACUCUAUCUGAUGGAGCUGCUUCCCUCUACUCUGUCUGAUGGAGCUGCUUCCCUCUACAUUGUCUGAUGGAGCUGCUUCCCUGUACACUGUCUGAUGGAGCUGUUUCCCUCUACAUUGUCUGAUGGAGCUGCUUCCCUCUACACUAUCUGAUGGAGCUGUUUCCCUCUACAGUCUGAUGAGGAAGAUAUACCUUCUGAGGUUUUUUUCAGGUGAAGUGGUAAUUUAAGUUAGCCUGGUACAAGUACCGUACCUGUUUAUAUAACAAUAAUAUAAAUAGGUUUAAAUCCACUUAGCCUGGUCCCAGAUCUGUCUGUGCUGUCUUGCCAACUGUCUUUCCUAUGGUCAUUGGCACACCAAGCACUGACUAUAGGAGUUGGCAAGACAGCACAGACAGAUCUGGGACCAGGAUACAGUAAGUGGCCUUAAUUCUACAUAGUUUUAUUGUCUUUAUAUACAGUAGCCAGAUGCUAUUUACUCAGUCUCUGCUUUAUAUCCCCCCCCCGCCACGCACGUACGUGCACACUCAAGCCCCACCUCUGAUUCAGCUGUUCUGCAGAGCAAGUUGAGGUAGGAAAAGUCCCUCUCCCUGUAACAUUCAGAGCUCUCGGGUGUUGUAGCACCCGUCUCGUCAGGCACCUUACACUCACAGCAACUACUGAAGAGCUGGCGGAAACCGUCAACACUGAGAUUUAAACAAGACUGAAGUCAACUGCUCCUUCCAAGGCUGUCACAGAGAAAUGAUUUCCUUUCAAAUAAAUAUAUAAAAAAUGAAGAUUGUGAUGGUGAGAAGUAUAAUGUUGGUAGUAUCCUAUUUAUCCCUGUCUCCAGGGCCAGGCCCAGCACACAUGAUAUUUUACAUUUACAUUUACGUCAUUUAGCAGACGCUCUUAUCCAGAGCGACUUACAGUUAGUGCAUACAUCAUUAUUUUAAAUAUUUUUUAUACUGGCCCCCCAUGGGAAUCGAACCCACAACCCUGGCGUUGCAAACGCCAUGCUCUACCAACUGAGCUACAUCCCUGCCGGUCAUUCCCUCCCCUACCCUGGACGACGCUGAGCCAAUUGUGCGCCGCCCCAUGGGUCUCCCGGUCGCGGCCGGCUACGACAGAGCCUGGAUUCGAACCAGGAUCUCUAGUGGCACAGCUAGCACUGCGAUGCAGUGCCUUAGACCACUGCGCCUCCCCGGGGAGAAAUUUGACUUGGGACAAUUAAAGAGUGAAAGAAGCAGAUUAAGGAGGAGUUUAAGAAGCUUCAUCCGUUUCUACAAGAGGAAGAGGAGGCCAGGAUAACUGCACCGAGGGAGGAAGAGGAGCAGAAGAGUCAGAUGAUGAAGAAGAAGAUUGAUGAGAAGAUCAGAGAGAUGUCAUCACUUCCAGAUACUAUCACAGCCAUAGAGGAUGAGCUGAGAGAUGAAGACAUAUCAGUCCUGCUGAACUACAAGGCCACAAAGGACAGAGACCAGAAGACAUCUCAGUCCUGCUGAACUACAAGGCCACAAAGGACAGAGACCAGAAGACAUCUCAGUCCUGCUGAACUACAAGGCCACAAAGGACAGAGACCAGAAGACAUCUCAGUCCUGCUGAACUACAAGGCCACACUGCCGGAUCCACAGCUGGUUUCAGGAGUCCUGAUAGACGUGAGCUCCACCAUUCAGAUAGCUCCAUCUAUAAAAUGGCUACUCGCCUCACGUUGACUUACCUGUUGAUCAGGAAGAAGUUCACAACAGAAAGAGCACCGUAACAACUAUGCAGCUAAUCAGCAUACAUUAUAUAACUAAGGACCAUCAUACAAUUUAUAAUCUUUGAAAAUAACCAAGAUUCAAUACGACAAUCAGAGAACAAGAGACACCAACAUCAGAUCUGUGAUUUCCAAGUUCUUCUGACUUACUCUAUCGCUGUGAGUUUUCAACAGUAAAUCUUAAUUUCAGAAGCCGCUCCAGAUAAGAGGAGAGAGUGUGAUUGGGAGAGAACAUGUCGUCUAAACCUUCUCUCUAUGAAGAGGAUUGUAGAGGAUUGUCCUGUGACAUCUUUAAGGAUCCUGUCCUCCUGUUGUGUGGCCACAGCUUCUGUAAAGCCUGUCUGAAGCUAUGCUGGAAACAGAAGGAUUCUCGGGUAUGUCCAGUCUGCAGAAAAAAGUCCUCAAUGGAACAUCCUCCCUGCGACCUGGUUUUAAAGAACCUGUGUGAGACUUUCUUACAGGAGAGGAGUCAAAGAGCUUCGGCGGGGUCUGAGGUACAGGAGAGGAGUCAGAGAGCUUCGGCAGGGUCUGAGGUACAGGAGACGAGUCAGAGAGAUUCAGCAGGGACUGAGGUACAGGAGAGGAGUCAGAGAUAUUCAGCAGGGUCUGAGGUACAGGAGAGGAGUCAGAGAGCUUCGGCAGGGUCUGAGGUACAGGAGAGGAGUCAGAGAGCUUCGGCAGGGUCUGAGGUACCAGAGAGGAGUCAGAGAGCUUCAGCUGGGACUGAGGUACAGGAGAGGAGUCAGAGAGAUUCAGCAGGGUCUGAGGUACAGGAGAGGAGUCAGAGAGCUUCGGCAGGGUCUGAGGUACCAGAGAGGAGUCAGAGAGCUUCAGCAGGGACUGAGGUACAGGAGAGGAGUCAGAGAGAUUCAGCAGGGUCUGAGGUACAGGAGAGGAGUCAGAGAGCUUCAGCAGGGUCUGGGGUACAGGAGAGGAGUCAGAGAGAUUCAGCAGGGUCUGAGGUACAGGAGAGGAGUCAGAGAGCUUCAGCAGGGUCUGAGGUACAGGAGAGGAGUCAGAGAGAUUCAGCAGGGUCUGAGGUACAGGAGAGGAGUCAGAGAGAUUCAGCAGGGUCUGAGGUACAGGAGAGGAGUCAGAGAGCUUCAGCAGGGUCUGAGGUACAGGAGAGGAGUCAGAGAGCUUCAGCAGGGUCUGGGGUACAGGAGAGGAGUCAGAGAGAUUCAGCAGGGUCUGAGGUACAGGAGAGGAGUCAGAGAGCUUCAGCAGGGUCUGGGGUACAGGAGAGGAGUCAGAGAGAUUCAGCAGGGUCUGAGGUACAGGAGAGGAGUCAGAGAGAUUCAGCAGGGUCUGAGGUACAGGAGAGGAGUCAGAGAGCUUCAGUAGGGUCUGAGGUACAGGAGAGGAGUCAGAGAGUUUCAGCAGGGUCUGAGGUACAGGAGAGGAGUCAGAGAGCUUCGGCAGGGUCUGAGGUACAGGAGAGGAGUCAGAGAGCUUCAGCAGGGUCUGAGGUACAGGAGAGGAGUCAGAGAGCUUCGGCAGGGUCUGAGGUACAGGAGAGGAGUCAGAGAGCUUCGGCAGGGUCUGAGGUACAGGAGAGGAGUCAGAGAGAUUCAGCAGGGUCGGAGGUACAGGAGAGGAGUCAGAGAGCUUCAGCAGGGUCUGAGGUACAGGAGAGGAGUCAGAGAGCUUCGGCAGGGUUUGAGGUACAGGAGAGGAGUCAGAGAGCUUCAGCAGGGUCUGAGGUACAGGAGAGGAGUCAGAGAGAUUCGGCAGGGUCUGAGGUACAGGAGAGGAGUCAGAGAGCUUCGGCAGGGUCUGAGGUACAGGAGAGGAGUCAGAGAGAUUCGGCAGGGUCUGAGGUACAGGAGAGGAGUCAGAGAGCUUCAGCAGGGUCUGAGGUACAGGAGAGGAGUCAGAGAGCUUCAGCAGGGUCUGAGGUACAGGAGAGGAGUCAGAGAGCUUCGGCAGGGUCUGAGGUACAGGAGAGGAGUCAGAGAGCUUCAGCAGGGUCUGAGGUACAGGAGAGGAGUCAGAGAGCUUCAGCAGGGUCUGAGGUACAGGAGAGGAGUCAGAGAGCUUCGGCAGGGUCUGAGAUGCUCUGCAGUCUGCACGGUGAGAAAAUCAAGCUCUUCUGUCUGGAGGAUAAACAGCCUGUCUGUCUGAUUUGUCAAACAUCCAAAAAGCACAAGAGUCAUGACUGCUGUCCGAUAGAUGAGGCUGCUCAGGACCAUAAGAAGGAACUCAUGUACGGCUGCACCUUGACUCGUACGGAUGCACCUUGACUCAUGUACGGCUGCACCUUGACUCAUGUACGGCUGCAGCUUGACUCAUGUACGGCUGCACCUUGACUCGUACGGAUGCACCUUGACUCAUGUUGGUUGAAGCAUUGUCUACUCUCCUCUAUCUGGUCAGCCAUGACAUCAUGACCAGUUCUAAUCUCUAGUUCUCUCUGUUCAGCUCCUGUGAUUCUGGACCCCGACACUGCCCACCCACAAUUCAUCCUGUCUGAGGAUCUGAGCAGUUUGAGAAUCAGUGGAGUGAGACAGCAGCUUCCUGACAGCCCAGAGAGGUUUUGAUUACUGGAUAUGGGUCCUGGGCUCUGAGGGUUUAACUCAGGGACACAGCUGGGACGUGGAGGUUGGGGACAAUACAGAACGGUUCAUGGGUGUCAUAGCAGAGUCUGCCCAGAUGAAGGAAGAGAAGAGUAGUGAUGCAUGGAUGAAAUAUUAUCGUGAAGGUCAAUACAGAGCAAUACCGCCAGGCACUCUCCUCACAGUGAGACAGAAACCCCAGAGGAUCAGAGUGCAGCUGGACUGGGACAGAGGAAAAGCUGUCAUUCUCUGA